UCUGGAGAGAAAGGCGGAGCGGGGGGAAGAAAGAAACCUCCGUACGUGGUUGGUACGGAGCAUGUGCGCUCCAGAAGGCGGGGGAAGCGUAGAAGAGCGGAGGGAAAGAGAUCUCCUGGGCAUGCGCGCUGAGUCAUGCGAGCGUUCGUGCUAACGACUCCGGCUGUGCUCUACUCCUGCUGCUGCGCUCAGUAAUCCAGAUCGUCAGCGCCUUGCCGCGGCUGCUGGGCUGAGAGAAUCCGGAUUGGGGAACUACCUUUCCCGGCGUGCACGGCCGGUCCCGGGAAGAGGCGUGGCGGCUGCUCUCCUUUUGCCGGCUGGGAAACGAGGCUGGUAUCGGCGGAAGAAUGGCAGAAUUGAGAGUGUUCCCUCUUGCCUGUGCUGUGCAGAACUAUGCCUGGGGCAAACUAGGCCAGGACAGCGAGGUGGCCAAGCUCCUGGCCAGCAGUGAUCCUAUGGCCCAGAUCGAAGCAGACAAGCCAUAUGCUGAGCUCUGGAUGGGCACUCACCCCAAAGGAGAUGCCGUGAUUCUAGAUAACCGCAUCCCCCAGAAGACGUUAGGGCAGUGGAUAGCGGACAACCCCGGCUGCCUGGGCUCCAAAGUCAAAGAAGCCUUCCAGGGCCGCCUGCCUUUCUUGUUCAAAGUGCUGUCUGUGAACUCCGCCUUGUCAAUCCAGGCCCAUCCCACCAAGGAGCUGGCAGAGAAGCUUCACGCUCAGUAUCCAGAGCACUACCCAGAUGCGAACCACAAGCCAGAGAUGGCCAUAGCCCUGACCCCGUUCGAGGGACUGUGUGGCUUCCGGCUGGUGGAGGAGAUUGUGGCUUUUCUCCAGAAUGUCCCCGAAUUCCGAGCCCUGAUUGGGAACGUGGCAGCCGAGCAGCUGGAGCGGAGUGUGGGCGACGACCCGCGGGGCGUGUCGGCCGCCCUGCGCAUCUGUUUCACAAGGAUGAUGAAGAGCGAGAAGAAAGUCUUUGUAGACCAGCUCAACAUGUUGGUGAAGCGGAUUACCCAAGAAGCGGCUUCAGGGAAAGAUACCACCUCAAGCUGCGGGGAACUCCUACUCAAGUUGCACUCCCAGUACCCUGGAGACAUCGGCUGCUUUGCCAUCUACUUCUUGAAUCUGAUGAAGCUUCAGCCCGGAGAGUGCAUGUACUUGGGAGCCAACGAACCUCACGCCUAUCUCUAUGGAGACUGCAUUGAAUGCAUGGCAUGUUCCGACAACACCGUGCGAGCGGGGCUGACCCCCAAGUUCAUUGACGUCCUGACUUUGUGUGAAAUGCUGAACUACACACCCGCCCCAAGGAGCUCCAAGCUUUUGGUGCCCAUUCAAAACCCGCUGGACCCUUUCAUCUAUCUCUAUGACCCACCCAUCCCAGAUUUCUCUGUCAUGAGGAUAGAGAUCCCUUCCUCUGUGAAGCUGUACCUUGUUUCAGCCAUCGACUCGGCGAGCAUCUUGCUGGUGGUUCAGGGUUCGGCCACAGGCACCUCCACCGCUGCUGCCUCCGAGAUGGGCCUGGUCCCGGGCUCAGUGGUGUUCAUCUCUGCCAACGAGAGCAUCUCCCUGCACCUGUCCACGGCCGCCGGGAUGCUGCUGUUCAGAGCCUGCUGCCUCUUAUAAAGUGGGGUGCUUGGCCCUUUCCCCCAGCUGCGACUCUUACUCAAUUGAAACAGACUCCUGCCCUCCGUCCGGCUGGUUUCUCCGCCCAUCCAAAAGGAGCCCGAGCAGUAGAACUCACCCCUAUGCAGCCGCUAACCUUUUCCCAACAUCCUUGGCUUCGUCCUGGGCAGGCUGUGCUGUCCGUUAACGGUAGUGAAGUGCAGGCCGGACGGCUCUGCGCCUUGAAGCCGGACCAUCCCCGCUGGUCACUCAGUGGCCCAAGUCGCCGUGUGAUGUGCCCCGAGACGGCACUUCAGGCUGCCCGCAGAGAGCGGCUACGUGCUUCGCAUAGGACCGAAGGCUCCCAACCGGAGUCCUCCAGCUGUUGCUGAACUACAACUCCCAUCACCCCCAGCUACAACUUAUUGUGUCUGGGGAUGAUGGGAGUGGUAGAAGCUGUUCUUGCGGGCAGUCUAGCCUGCUCGUUUGGGGCGCUGGGCUCCGUGCGGAUUCCUCCAGGCCUGACCCUGCUCCCAAGCCUGGCUUUUAGCCGAGGUUAAGGGAGCAAGCACUCCCUUAGCCCGGAGGCCAGGCUUGUGUGUCUCCUCAGCUCCACAGCCGAGGAGACACAGAGACGGGUGCCUAGAGUGCCUGUCUGAGGGGGGAAUCCUUCAAGGCACCAGGUUCGCCGCGCAGUGCCUUGUGGGAUAGGCGGAGGCCGGCCAGCCUACCCACCGCCCUACCUGCGUGAGCGACCUCGUGGUUCAGCAACACUAGGGAGGGCCGCAGGUUGGAAACCCCUGAGCAGUGUUCCCUCUAACACGGAUUCCCAGGUGUUGUUGGCCCCAGCUCCCAGAAUCCUCAAGCAAAAGCCAUUGCAGCUGGGGAUUCUGGGAGUUGGAGUCAACAAUAUCUGGGAAUCCCUGUUGGAGGGAACCCUGCCCCUGCUCCAGGAUAUAUUGCUGCCUCCUUUGAACUAGAUCCCGGUGUGUUUUGUGGGGCAAUGGCCUACAGACCAGUUAUUGUGUGAAGGUAAUGAAACAGACCUACGUUGCAAGGGGGAGGGGGUGUUCUUUUGCCCCACCAGCACAGGGGAGAGGGUUUGGGAGAAUGCCUGAGAACCAUUUCUCACCCAUCGCCCUGUGGAAGAGCCUCUUAAGUCAGGCCUGCUCAACUUCGACCCUCUUGCAGAUGUUGGCCUUCAACUCCCAUCAUCUCUGGCUGUUGGCCACUGUGGCUGGGGAUUGUGGGAGUUGUAGUCCAAAAACUGCCAGGGGCCCCAAGUUGAGCAGGCCUGCAAGCCAAGGGGUCCCAAGCUGUGGUCGUCCAGCUGUUCCUGAACUACAACUCCCAUCACCCUCAAAUUGAAGCUGGGGCUGAUGGGAUGGGAGUUGUAGUUGACUGAUGGGAUGGGAGUUGUAGUUGACUGCUGGAGGAACACAGCUUGGGAAGCCAUUCUCUAAGCCAGGCCUGCUCAAUUUAGGUCCCCCCCCCCACUGAUUUUGGACUACAACUCCCGUAAUCCCCAUCCAUAGUGGCCAAUAGCCAGGGAUUAUGGGAGUUGUAGGCCAACAUCUGCAGGAGGACCGAAGCUGAGUAGCCCUGCUCAAAGCCAUGACACUCUGAGGCAGGAGUGUCUUGUCCCAACAAGCUGUGCAUGUGCGGGACGCUCGGCUGCCUCUCCUUCCUGAGCUCUGUUUGUUCCUCUCUCCCACCCCGUGCUGCCUUCAGGCUGCUCAUUCCUCUGGUAGAGCUGCACGGUUGCCGCACAGCUAUACCGGAUGAAUGGCCAGCCUGCAGGCAGCAUGGCUCUCAUUAACGCUGGGGUGGCGGGGAGAGGAGCAAACCGUGUUCUGGGAAGGAGAGGCACCUGUGCCUCUUUGGCAUGUGCGUGCACACCCAGGCUUCCCAAGAGGAGCUGUUCCUGUUCUCGGGAAGCCUCGGAGCUGGGCUAGAAGUUGCCCCUUUUGACUCCUUGGGGCUAUUUGCUGUUGCCUUGUGAUCCUUCCCUAGCAAGGUUUGCUCUGGUGGGAACGGACGGCGUGUUCUUGUACAAAGCUACAUCCCGGUGCAUCUGUCUAGACUACUACCAACCUCUACCUCAAAGGGGCCCUUGGGGCUGAAGUAGUCAUCUUGGGCAAGCUCUGGGCAUCAGUACCUUCUCACCAUCUAGCAGGGGUUCUCAACCUCAUGUCCCCAGAUGGUGGACGACAACUCCCGUUACCCCUGCUCUGGCCAUUGUGGCAGGGGAUGAUGGGAGUUGUAGUUGACAUCAGGUGGCCAUGAGGUUGAGGACCUCUGCAGCAGGGCUGCACAACUUUGGCCCUCCUGCAGAUGUUGGACUAGAACUCCUGCAGUUGUAGUUGGGGAUGAUGGGAGUUGUAGUCCAAAAGCAGCUGGUGACAUACAGGAAGCUUCCUGCUCCCACUUUCCAUGCUGAUUCUACAGCUGGCUUUGUUUACAUGGUAGCACCAGGUCCUUUUGCUCUGGCUUCUGUCUGGUUCCUCCCCCCACCCCCCACCCUCCUCAAAGCUCCUUGUUAAGUAUAAGUGGUGCUCUCUUUUCCUGCUUGGGACAGGCUCAUCCCUCCACCCAGCAUGUCCUUUUCUUGCACUGCUUUGCCAUCUGCUCCCCUAAUCAAAGAAGCAGCUUCCCAGCCCAGGAGAGAGAAAGGAAAACGGAAAACGCCCAGGGAUGGGGAACCUUGGCACUCCUGCAGAUGUUGGCCUACAAUUCCCAUAAUCCCUAGCUAUUGGCCUCUGUGGCUGGGGAUUAUGGGAGUUGUAGUCCAAAAACAGCUGGAGUGCCAAGGUUCCCCACCCCUGGCCUAGCCUGUGGUGGCUGGCUAGCCUUGUAUUCCACAGCUUACAGUUCUGUUACUACACCUUGGGAGGCAAUCGCAUAAGUUUGGAAGACAUUUUAAAACUGAUCCAGUGGGUUGGGUAUUAAAGCAAGGAGAUGGGCGGGCAGGCAGGCAUCUUGGCCAUUAAAUUUAACAUUGAGGGAUGCCUCUUAUUUAGACAUCAGACUUUGCAACAACACUUUUUCAGUUCAUAGCACGAGCCACAUUUGAAUAGCUGUGAGCACCUCUGCUUCAACCCUUCUCUCUGCUCUUGGGCACAAAGCAUUAAAGCAGGCGAAGGCAACCUGGGCUCUCCAGCUGAACUACAACACCCAUCAUCCCUAGCCACAAUUCAUUGUGGCAAGGGCUGAUGGGUGUUGUAGUUCAACAAAACCUGGAGAACCAAGGUUGCCUCCUUCCCUUAAAGAUUGUGCCCCAAACUCUGGGUAUGUCAGUGCUGCAAUAUGAUGCAUCAUGGCGGUGGUUCUCACCCUGAACACCUGAAGGAUCUUUGGGCAGGGUAAAGUGCUAGAGCCCUCACCAAACUACAAUCCCCAAGCUCCCAUGGGGGGGAAGUUAAGACAAUCUAGGGCUCCUGUUUGCACAGAGAGAGCAAAUGUGCUCAUUUUGAUCUAAAGACUAGUGUUCCAUGUAACAAGGAUUCCCAGAUAUUGCUGACUACAACUCCCAUUAUCCCCAGCUGCAGUGGCCUUUGGCUGGGGAUGAUGGGGGUUGUAGUCAACAGGUGGCAAUUAGUUCUUGGGAAUACUGCUAAUGACUCUGACUUCACACCAACGCCUACAAGGGCACUUGUGCCCAUUCACAUAGGGCUCAAUAUAUUUUAGGGGUGUUUUUUUAAGUGGGGGGGAGAGACCAAUUUCCUUCUGCAUUCACAUAGGGAACAACUCCUCCCUGCCCAGGGUGCUAAGCAGGAUUGAUGCCAUUGUGUGCCAAAAGAUCCAAGACUGACUGCAAAAAUCAGCUGCUGCUCUUGAAUUAAACAGAUGCUAGACAGCAGAAGGGCAAUUUCAAAUGAAGUGGUCGAAGUUGGUGGAAGGAGAUGUCAUCUUAAAAGUUCUGAGCCAGAAUCUGAGCUUAAGCAUCUGAGAGACUGGUUUCUUGUUUAAGAACAUGUUGAUUUGGGUUCUAGAGGCCACUCCUGCAGGUUUUGUGGUCUCAGAGCUGUGAUUUAGAUGGUGGUGGGGAGAUUUGGUACCCAACCUACCCUGCAGAGAGAGACCCGUGAUCCAGAGACAGCAUGCAACAGAAAUCCACUUAAGAACCAGUUCUCCUCCUACAUUCUGUAUUGUAUUCCAUAGCUCGAUUUAGCGCUGCUAAUAAUAAUAUAACACAAUGGGUAAGGAAAAGAGAUAACCCAAAGUUCUCCUUGGGGGUACAUCUUCCAUUGUUAAGAGUCAACUGCAAUGAGUUAAAGUUGGCAAAAUAAAAAAGUCACUGCAGAAAAAUAAGCUGGAAA